AUGACCGACCAAGAAGCCAUUCUUCUGCGUCCAACCCGUGGUUCAUCACUUCCUCACAUUCUUCUCGUGAUCGCUCAGCUAUUCUUCCUCACGUCCUCUCCAUUCCGAGGAAGACGUGAGCUGGCCAUUGGUACUCUGACCUUUUUGGCCAUCUGGGCUGGAAUCAGUCCUUGGACGCAUGAUCCUGGAGCCGCCAACUUCGCAGCACUCGCAUGGCCUCACUGGCUAUCGACAAUCGAAAAGUUCCUCAACAGCAUGCCAUCUCCCGAAGUAGCAGUAUGGCCCGUAGAUAAAGCCGCCGGCAUUGCCGUGACUUAUAACGCUUUCGGAUGGCAAAAGCUGAAAUGGGCGGUCUCCUUGAUUCUCAAUCUGCGAGGCAUUCGCUACAACACGCAGGUCAAGAACGUUCCUCCUGCGCGCUUCACGUCUAAACAGCAACAUGGAAAAGUAAAGUUUCUACUCUGGCAAGCUGUAGAGCUGGCUUAUUGCAUGUUCAUGGGAGAUUUGGUGGCACAGCUCAGCAUCGCACUCUUCUUCACUCCAGCGCCUACUAAUAGCAUGCUGCUGAACGCAUACGAUGCGGAUUGGCGGCUGAGUUUCCUGAAAGCUUUGGUGUUUGGAUCUGGACCGUACUUCUUCAUCAACAUGCAAUACGUUCUGGCAUCCAUGGUCUGCGUAGCCAUUGGGGUUUCAAAGCCGGAGGAUUGGCCGCCUCUGUUCGGUCGUCUCAGAACUGCCACGACUGUCCGGGCGUUUUGGGGAAAGUUUUGGCAUCAAAUGAUCCGUCGACCGCUCACUGGCCUCACCGAUCGCAUUCUAGCGAUGCUCCGUAUACCGCAUGGCACCACUGCCUCCUCCUACGCAUCACUUUGGCUCGCAUUCGCCAUCUCCGGUUUCAUGCACGCUGCGUCUCUAACCCUUAUGCCCUGUCCCGCCGACGUGGAAGAGUGGGCGCGGUGGCGCGGUCUUUUAGCCCACUUCAUGUGGCAGGCAGCGGCCAUAACUUUUGAGGACUUUGUCAUCUAUAUAUGGCGUCGGAAAGUUGGGUCUUCUGCUCCCCCUGCUGCUGCUCGGGUGAUUGGGUAUGUGUGGGUGAUAUGGUCUUUCUGGACCUCGUUGCCUAUGGCUGCGGAUGUUCUGCUGAAGUUGCGGAUGGGAGCUGAGUCGCCUUUUCCCGUUACUUUUUGGGGUCCUUUUGUUCAGAAGUUCGUCCAUGCUGGCGGUUGA